GUGGCCUGCCUCUACUUUUCCCACCCACUGUUUCUCCUCUAUUUAAAACCCAUUCCUAUUCUACAUUUUCCUCCAAAGAAAGAAAAAAAAAGAAACUUUCUUUCCAUCCAAAGAACAUCUUUCUUUCAACCUCUGAAAAUGGAGAGCGAAAGCAACAACAAAGUGAGCAAUGGUUUGGAUGGCAGCACAGGGGCAGAGAGCAUGGCGAGAAGAGGGAAUACGUGUGAGUUGAUCCUGAGGGUUGUGGCUUUGGCGCUGACUGUUGCGGCAGCCAUUGUUCUUGGUGUGGAUAAACAGACUAAGGUGGUUCCAAUUCAGAUAGCCCCAACUUUGCCUACCGUCAAUAUUGCUGCCCAAGCUAAGUGGCAUUAUUUGUCAGCUCUGGUGUACGCAGUGGUAGCAAAUAUAAUAGCAAGCAUAUAUGCAGCAAUUUCAAUAGUAAUCAUGUUGGGAUCCAGAAAAGGAAAGUCGAGCACAAGAUUGGGUCAAAUGGUGGGAGUGGUGGACCUUUUAAUGGUGGGAUUGCUAUUUUCGGCCAACGGUGCCGCCUUAGCCAUCGGGCUGAUGGGGUACAAAGGCAACUCUCACGUUCGGUGGAACAAAGUUUGCAAUGUGUUCGACAAAUUUUGUGACCAAGUCGCUGUUUCCAUUCUUCUUUCUUUACUUGCUGCCUUGGCUUUUACUGCUUCGGUAGCCAUUACUCUUCUUAAGUUCCAUAAGAGAUUUGCAUCUAAAUCGUGAAUUUCAGUUUAUUUUAUGUUGACAAAAAUAAAAUAUUUUAAAUGUAAUAGCAUGUAUGUGAAUUAUUGGCUGUCGUGAUUUAUCAUUUUAUUGCUA